AUCAAAAUGGCUGAUGUUUGGUGGACAAUUUUUAAUUCAAAUGCGAAACAAAGUGACAAACCAACAGUAAUGUAUGUUGAAGGUGUUGGAAAUGAAGUUUUACUCGGUCUUGGAGCUUCUCUCGCAAUCUUGAUCCCUUUAUUUAUCUCUGUUUUUGUAAAGAGAUCGUGUGGGGUGCAAAUACACCCUGACGAGGCAGAGAAUGUACAAGCUACUAGAGAGACACUAGGAGUUGGUGAAAAUACGGAAAAUAAUGAAAGAACUAAUGUAACUCCUCCGAGGAAUAUUAAUGAUGGCGAGCCUUGUCCUAUAUGUUUAAUGCCACCUCACUAUUUGAUCAUAACCAACUGUGGGCAUGGUUUUUGUGGUCAAUGUCUAAUAACAUACUGGCAAACAAGAUUUAUAUUUCGAGCUAUGACUUGUCCAGUAUGCAGACAGCAGAUAACUAUGCUAUUUAUCAGUUUUGACGAAGCUGAAAUAACUGAGCAGUCAACAAGUAUUCAAAAUUCAGUUCAUCAAUAUAAUAGAAGAUUUUCAUCACAACCACGAACUAUCAUGGAGUAUAUUCAGGAUCUGCCAACACUACUUGCACAACUUUUUCAUGAACUUUUUAAUGGCACAGGUUUGGUUUUGUUGCUGCGUUUUCGAAUUAUUGUAUGUUUUUUAGCAGCUUUACUAUAUUUUGUUUCUCCGAUUGACAUUUUAUCUGAGGCAGCAUUUGGACUGCUGGGAUUUCUUGACGAUAUUGUUAUUGCCUUGCUUGUGUUGUUUUAUGUAAGUGAGGUAUACCGAAAUGUAGUGGCUGAUCGUGCUGCAAAUGCAGUAGAUGGAUGAAUCUAGGUGUAAUAUUUUAAUGUUGUAGUGAUGCCUGAUCUCUAGCCUUCCAUGCAGAUCUGCUUCUGUCUGCCUUCGAAAUUUGAAGCGUCUGCACGGCAGGCUAGGUGACCACAUACCCCAGGACCAUUUGCAGAGAAAAUGCAUUUGGGAUUGGUUAGAAAUUCUGCUAAUUUAAGUAUUUAAUGUUAUCAAUACAUAGCCAUAGGUUUCACGUCCUUACUAUUCAGAAUCAAUAACAUCUGUAACUCACGCUGCAUAACUCACGCUGAACGUCGCUAAUCAGUGACUUGUGUUGUUUUCAGUUAUUGUUGUUAUUUUAAACUUUCGAACUUUUAAACUUAAGUAUUAGAAAUUCUUACUGAAAGAUUAUAUACAAGAAACCGUGGACUGUGGACAGAAUAGCGAGUUCCGCAAUACGAGCAUUUAUCCGAACAAAUCCUCUUUCUAAAAUAAUGUUUCUGUAAUUUGCCGGGUAAUACGGGGCAUACUAUGCUCGUGCUAGUCCUCGGACCACUCAUUAUUUAUGAUCGGUUGUGGGCUAACAAAAAAUGCUGGGUUACGAUCCUUUGACUGGGUGACUGAAAAAAUCACAGGAAGCUAAUAAAGCAACACAUUUUGGCGCAUAUACCAGAAUAUAAUGCAUGCAGUUAAUACAAAAAACAAUGGAAGAUUUCGUUGUAGCUCCGCUGUGAAGUAGGACUUAACAUAUAUUUUUGUUUUAAUUCUCUUUUGAUAAUUGUGGCAAAAAAAUAGUCACGAUAACAAUAAGUGAUGUGACAACAUUAUGUCUAGUCCAGAGCGUGUUUGGCGUUGUAAUUGUGCAAUUGUGCAGAGUCACCAGUGUCUGUUUUACAUAUAUGCAAUGGUAGAAAAUAUACUUUGUUGCACGCAGAAACUACACUGAAGCUGGGUCCUACGUUUUAAGACAUUAGUGGAGGUG